CAUUCACAGAAUGAAAGAACGGGCCUGCGUUUCAUCCUUUCAUUGUGUGUGCGGUGUGUCGCGUGUAGUCAGAUUCGUCAGUUUUGAGUCAGAGUCAGAUCAUGGUGGUUUAAGUUUCUAGUGGCAGUAUGUAGUGUAGUGUCAUGGAGGUAACAUGGCUGAGGAGACGCGCCUAGUUCGCGUAGAAGAGAGAUUAAAGAUUAAAAUUGGGGAGGCAAAGAAUCUACAAAGCAGAAGUCAUGGAUCUCCAGGUACAAGAGAUGUGUACUGUGCAUUGUCAUUGGACCAAGAAGAAAUAUUUCGUACCACAACAAUGGCAAGAACACUUAAUCCGUUCUUUGGGGAGGAAUUUCAAUUCGAAGUGCCUAGAAAAUUUCGCUACCUUAGCAUUUAUGUGUUUGAUACAGAUCGGCAUUUAAAACAAGAUAAAAUACUAGGGAAAGUAGCGAUUAAGAGAGAGGAUUUAGCGACUUAUCAUAAUAAAGAGCAUUGGUUCCCUUUGAGGCCGGUUGACGCUGAUUCUGAGGUGCAGGGAAAAGCGCAUAUUGAAUUCGCUUUGCUACCACAAGUUGGAUGCGAUCAACCUAAACUAUCAGUCAGAAUUAUAGAGUGUAGUGAAUUAACAAUUAAAAAUGGAGGCUGUGAUCCCUUUGCAACAAUUACUGCUGUUUACAAUAAUGGGAAGCAAAUACCAAAGCGCACAAAAGUUAAAAAGAAAACUGCAUCUCCCUAUUUCAAUGAAACAUUUAUAUUUGAACAAGAACUAUCAGAAACGAAGGAAAAAGAUGUUUCUUACUAUUCAAUCGACAGUUGCGAGGUUGCAGAGGUAAUUAUUGCUUUAUGGCAUACAACAUCUGGAAUGGGAGAACAACCUGCAUUUUUAGGGGAGGUGCGAGUUACCUUAGGAUUUUUACAGAAGGAAUCGGCCAAUUCAACAACUGCAUGGUAUUUUUUACAACCUAGAUUAGUAAAAAAUAGGCCAAGUAAAAUUACUAAUAAUUCCACGCCUCCGGGAACUCUACCAGGAUUAGGAUCAUUACGCUUAAAAAUACAUUACACAGCUGAUCAUGUAUUUUCUUCAGAGAUGUAUGACAAAUUACGAAGUCUUUUACUACAAAGUGUUAAUGUAGAACCUAUUACGUCUUCGGCAGUUUACAUUUUGGGAGAAAUUGUGCCAAGUAAAAUGGAUGCGGCGCAACCUCUUGUUCGUGUUCUUGUUCAUCAUUGUCAAUUGGUUGCAGUUAUGAAAGCUCUAGCGAGCCAUGAGAUUUCCAAACUAACGGAUCCUACUAUAAUUUUUCGAGGUAACACCUUAGUAAGCAAAAUGAUGGAUGAAGGAAUGCGUCUUGCAGGAUUACAUUAUUUACAUAGUACUCUUAGACCAGCAAUGGAGCACGUAUUUUUGGAAAAAAAAUCCUGUGAAAUUGAUCCAACGAGAAUAAAAGAUGCAAACACUAUUCAAACGAAUCUCUCAAAUCUAAAGGAGUAUGUUGAACGAGUUUUUACAGCGAUAACAACUUCAGGAAUAAGAUGUCCACCUUUAAUGUGUGAAAUGUUUGCUUGCUUAAGAGAACUUGCUGCUACUCAUUUUCCAAAAAAUAAAGAAGUGCGGUAUUCUGUUAUUAGUGGAUUUAUUUUUCUGAGAUUUUUUGCUCCAGCAAUUUUGGGGCCCAGAUUAUUUGAUAUUACUAAUGAACAAAUUGACUCACAAACGAAUAGAACUUUAACAUUGAUUUCGAAGACAAUACAGAGUCUUGGAAAUUUAGUAAGUUGUAGGGGUGAAGCAGGAAGUGUUUGUAAAGAGGAAUACAUGGAGUGUGUCUACAGAGAAUUUUAUACCGAAAGACAUAUUCAAGCAGUUAAACAAUUUUUGGAGUUAAUUUCAACAACAAGCGGAAGCAAUACCAUUAGACAUCGAUCAGUUGUUCAUCAAGGACAACCAGUCAUGCUAAAAGAAGGUUUCUUCUCUUUUUGCUAUCUCAAUGCUAAAAAAGUGAUAAAAAGAGUAAUGAUUAAAAGAGCGCAAGGUAGAAAACGAUUUGGUCGAAAGAAUUUUAAACAAAGAUAUUUUAGACUGACUACUCAAGAUUUAACAUACUCAAAAACAAAAGGCAAAGAACCUUUAUGUAGAAUACCAUUAGAAGAUAUUUUGGCUGUAGAGAGAUUACACGAGAAUUCAUUUAAAAUGAAAAAUAUGUUUCAAAUUGUACAAAAGCAAAGAGCUCUUUAUAUUCAAGCUGGUAAUUGUGUUGAAGAGAAGGAUUGGAUUGAUAUUCUCACAAAAAUUUGUCACACAAAUAGUAAUAGAUUAGAAAGAUAUCAUCCAAGUGCAUACAUUAAUGGUCAUUGGCUAUGUUGUCGAGCUGCAAUGGAAGGAGCGCCGGGAUGUAGUCAAGUAUCACCGGGAAUUGAAGCUGGAUUACGAAUGGUUUUUGAUCCCGACCGUGAUUUGCAAAGAAUUCACUCUCUAAUCUUUACAAAUAUGACACGACUCGAAACAUUGAUGAGCGCGUGCGAAUGUCAAGCUGUAUAUGGUGCCAGUGAAAUGUGCGUAUUACCGAAUGGAGGAUCGCCAAUAGAAGACGUUCCAGCUUGUUUUAAAACUUUGAUUGCACUUAGAGAUGCAACAAUUGCUUUGCAAUGUGAACACAGAUCCUAUUUUAGAAAAUUAGCACGAGAUACUAAAUAUGGAAGCAAACAAGCACCGAUUGGCGACGACAACUAUCUCCAUUUGGCCGCUAAAGCUGGAUUCGAAAGUCAGUUGGUAAAACGUGGUUAUGAAUUUGAUAGUUUGAAUCAGCGAAUCGAUCAAUUCGACAAUGACAGUUUAUCUCAAAGGAUUGAAGAUAGAGGUGAAGAUCAAUCGUUUAGGGAAUGUUUCAAGUCCGAUUUAAUAAAACGUCGUUAUGAUAUUGAAAAUAGCAUAUUAAAAAGAUACGAAUGUGAUAAGUCUGAUUCUCUUAGGAGUAUUCAAAACGAUCUCAAGAAAUUUGAUUACAGCUUGAAAAACACUUUAAGAUCUGACAGGUCUGAGAGAAGCGAAAAUGAAAAUCUCGAGAAUCAUAGGUUAGACCAUUCUAGUAUGUUGUCGACUGACAGAAUUAAUUUAUCCGAUACGUUAUCAAAAAAUUUAAAUAACCAUGAUUGUGCAAGAAAAUUGGACAAGGAAGUAUUAACAAGACGAAUAAAAGAUGUAGCUUCCUAUGUCUCUUGCAAUUCUAUGAGUGACAGAAGAGAUCAUUGAAUUUCUCUUGCAAUUAUCACACAUAUAUAUUGUUAGUAAAAUGUUUCUUUAUUUUUAAUUGUAUAUUGAUUUAAAAGAAAACAAAUUUUAAUUCAGUAUUUAUCAUGCAAAUUUAAAUUUUUAUAUUUAAAAAUGUAUUUUUUUAUAAAAUAAAUAAUAUCGUAUUAAAUAAUAGACAUUUUUACAAAUUGAAAUAUUUUUUAAAAAGAUUUUAUUUAAAAUAAAUAAAUAAACAAUUAUUUUAAUUUUAUAAUUAAUUCAUUUUAAUUAUCAUCGAUUGCAUAAUCGCUGUUGUUAAAAAACUAUCUGUCAUGAAACAAAAGAGAUAUUUAUUUAUGUCAAUUAUUUUGUGAAAUAAUACAUUUUUAAAAAAUUCUCGCAAAUAAUAGAAAACAACACUUUAUUUAAUAAAAUAAAUUUAACAGAAACAAUUUUUAAAUGAACAAAAAUUACAAUUAUUUAAUUAAAAGUAGCUUAAAUAUUUUUAUUCUUAGUUUUUUUUCGUUGAAGGAUAACACAUUUCUAUUUUUAAAAAAACAUUUAUCUGUUUAAUAAAUAUAAAAUAUAAAUAUAAACUUUUAAUAAAAAUAAUUCACUAAAUUGCUUUUACUAGAGCACGACUGGUUUUUUUCUGUUUCGUGAGAUCGCAUAAUAAUGUACUUUAUUUAAAAAAAAAAAAAAAAACCUAUAAAACUAUAAAAUAGUCUCUUCUCUCUAAUAAAUUAAAUAUAAUUAAAAUUGUUUUUACUUCAAAUCGUGAGGUUAAUUGGACAAAAAGAUUUUUUUUUUUUUUUAUUACUUUUCAAGUAAAAGUUUCAAUCGGGAUUUUAGUAAAAACAAUUUUAAUUAUAUCAUUAUUUAAAAGAGUAUCAAAUCAAUUAAAUAUUAUUUUUUAAAGUCUUCUAACGCAUUAGACAUAGUGAUAACAUAAAUAGUAAGUAUAGUAAAAGUGUAUCGACCCUUCUCCUGCAUUGCGCAUAACCAUAUAGUGCACUACUUUCUUCUAAGUAGAAAAAUUCUACUUGUUACUGACAAAGCAUAUAUAUAUAUAUACUACAUUUUUUAUGGAACGUUUAGCAACUGUAAAAAUUUAAAAUAAGUUUUGUUUUUAUAAAAACAGAUGUUAUUAUACGUUGAUUAUUUUAAUUAUGUAUCCUCUACAUUCAUAAUCAUAUUAUGUGUCAAUAUGUGUCCCCUUAUAAUCAUGUUGGUUUUAUUAUUCUAAUAAUAAUGAAUUUUCCAAUUAAUUUUUUUGUUAAUAUAUUGUAAUGAAAAUAAAAUAAUGAUAACAGGCUAAUUAAUUAAACGUUUCAAGAAUUGUACAAAACUCUUAGUAAAUUUGUUAAUUUUUAGAAAUUUUAAUCAACAUCUUUGAUAAUUUAAUUAUUUAAACAAUUUUUAGAUUUAAAAUAUUAUUUUUAAUACAUAAACCCAUAUCGGACAGCUGUUCGACUAGUUGAACACUACAAUUCCAGACGCACUUACAAAUGUAAGUGGCAUAAUUAUUGUAAUUGUUUAUUAAUUUUGGUUCUUUAAAAAUUUGAAAGUAAACUACUUGUCAAUGUUAAAAAUGUAGUUGCAUAAUAAUGUAUGAUAUUCUAAUAUUUUAUUUGCAAUGUGAAAACUAGUGUUUGACUAGUCGAACAGUUUGUUCGGUCCUAUAUGAGUUAAUAUGAAUUCUUAGAGAAUUUAUUUAUUUGUAAAAAAGUUGUAUUAUAAAUUCUUUUAAAAUUUAA